AUGGGCACUAGCAUAGUAGACCUAAAUCAAAAAAUUGAGCUGCCCCCAAUUCAGGCCUUAUUCGAAUCACUAAACCAAGAAAACGAGCCGAAGCUAUGCUUCGAAGAACACAGAGUUUAUCGACCUAAACCCUCAUUUAUUCCCAGAACAAACAUUGCUGUCGGUAGUCCAGUUAACCCAGUUCCAGUAUCAUCCCCUGUUUUUUUCAUAGGUCCUUCUCCAGCGGGAGGUGUUCAUAAUAAUGCUAUGGUGGGCCAGGGCGUACCUCAAUUCCCAACUGUGUAUAAAAACCGAGAAGUUAUACCUACUGGUGCGAGAGAUUAUGUAAUAGCUGUGGGUAGGCCUCCUGUAUCUUCUUUGCAGCCUAAGUAUGAGCGUAUGACAACUUCUGACUGUUACCAAAAUCAAAGGUUAUCACAGUCCUAUGCUGUAAAUGCGAACACAAUGGUAGGCAGCUAUACAAUUCCUCAGCCUAUUAGCAUUUCAAGAGGUAAGAUGGUGUCUGGUAACAUAAACAUGAAUACAGUCCACGGAUCUAGUAACGAAUUUUCCGUGAAAGAAAAAAAACACAAGGCCCAUGGUAAAAGAACUAAUUUGCCUAAAGCCACUGUUUCUAUCCUAAAUAAAUGGUUACUUGAGCACAUAAAUAACCCUUAUCCAACAGUACAGGAAAAGAGGGAACUACUAGCAAAAACUGGUCUCACUAAACUCCAAAUUUCAAACUGGUUCAUCAAUGCAAGGAGAAGAAAAAUCUUUUCUGGUCAGAAUGACGCGAACAAUUUCAAGAGAAAAUUUAGCUCUUCCGCAGAUUUGACUAAACUUUGA